AUGUCAGCCAAUCCGUACUUCCCGGUGACAACAGACCAAACAAAUCUUACAGAUGAAGACUGGGGACUGCCAAUUAGGACAGAACGCAAAUUUUCCAGAACCUCCAGACUGAAGAAUCUGUGCAGCACCUUGCAUCGACACAGGAAAGCUGUGGUUAUCACCAGCAUUGUAAUGAGUCUCAGCAUUCUUAUCAUCGUCAUCAUUGCUGUUAGUUCCAGGGGUCACACUCAGAGACAGCCCACUGGAGGUGAAGGAAAAUGGGAGAACACAGCACAGGGCCUGGUGUUUUAUCCUGUACCAGAGGAUAAAUCUGUUGUAAUAUCUUUCACACCUGAGGAUUUCCAAAAGACUGCACGGCAUCCUCUUGUCAAGUCCCUGGAUACUGUCACUAAAGGGUACAAUUCCACAAGUCAGUUAAAUGAGUUACAUUUCACAACCUGCAACAACAGCUACGCUGAUUACAACAAAACCUGCAGAGUUCCCCGAGUGAUCUUUGGGGAUGAGUGCACUUCACACAGAAACUAUGGUUACGGUGGUGCCCAACCAUGUGUGUUUCUCCAGCUGAAUCUGCCAGAUCAUGUGACAAUAAAACCAAUUAAACAAGGAAGUGCCCUAUGGAAUCAGAUUGACCCAGUUCUAAAGAGCUCCCCGCCAGAUCCCACCCACAUACCUGUCACCUGUAGAGGAACGACCGAUGUGGACAACAUGAUCAUCGAAAGUGCAGAAGGUUAUGGUCCUGGAAAAGAAAGGAUCAUGUACUACCCCAGAGAAGGUUUGCUCUCAUACUUGUACCGAGAAAGAAACACCAGCCUCGAGUUCUUGAAGCCUGCAGUCAUGGUACAGUUCACUUCGUUGAUGUCCAGGCACAUGGUCCAUAUCACCUGUGUAGCCUGGGGCCAGCUGUACACCAGUAACGGCACAAUGAUUGACCACAAACUGUUGACCACCCAGUUUGCUUUGUAUGCAGAUCAUUCAUAA